GUUGAAAUUCAUGAGAGAAUUGCACCUGGGUACUAUCAAGUCUCCUUGCCAAUUUCUCUUCUAUCCCCUGUCAAUACAACAAUUUGGAAUGCAAUGAAGAAGUUGCACUCACAAUCUUCCAUGGAUGCUAAAGUUGAUGGAGUGGAUUCAGAUGGAGUUGAGACAUCUGUUGGGAGGGGCUCCAGUCGUAGCAGGAAGCCUAGGACCCCACAGCUUGGAAAGGAUGAACUUGGACUGGCGAACAAAAAUUGGCAGAACUCUUGUGGAUCAGAUGACUGGGGCAAGGCUGCCAAUGACUCCAAUUGGGGUAGCACUUCUGCCACUGCAGAAAAGUACAAGCUCAACCCUACAUCUGGAUGGGAUGGAACUUCUGAUAUAUCUGAAUGGGAAAGCCCUGCUGCAUUUCCCCAAUCUUCCCCAUCGUUUGCAUCAAGAACAUCUCAAGGAUUUGGCAAAGCCCCUGUGAUGGACAGUUCGAGACAGAGAGACACCAAUGAUGGUGAAUCCAUUAUACAGGCACUAGACAUCAAGCCUGGUGCAUAUCGUGAAGUGGAGAUUGUAUCCUGCUCUGGGUCUGAAUUCACUGUGAAUCUGGUUGAGAAUAUAUCCCUGUUGGAAGCCAUGGAAGCAGAGAUCAAGGCUUCAGAUCCUCCUCCAGUUCAUAAGGGUCUGAAUGUUGGCCAGACAUGCGUUGUGAGACAGCCUAAUACCACAUCAUGGAAGCGAGGCAUAGUGCAGGCAGAAGGGCGUUUGCCUCAGGUCUUUUGCAUCGAUACAGGGGAUAUUGUCAACCCACGUAUGGCUGACCUUGGUGUGCUGGAUCCUAAGCAUACUUCUCUUCCAAUGCAAGCCAUCAAGUGUAGCAUCAUGAAUGCCGAAAAGAACGAGUUGAGUGUGAGGGGGAGAUUCAUUGCUCACUUCCUUUCCAAGAGUGAUACCAAUGCUGUAUGGAGAGUGGAAAUGAUGCACACAAAGGGGAGCUCUGGAGAUGAAGAGCUCCCAGAACCAAGCCACUCCUUCCUGAAUGUGAAGUUAUCACCAAUGGAGACAGUGUCAGCCACCAUUUCAUGGACAAUGAUGCAAGAUCUCAUGAGCUACUAUUCUGGACUGAAAGGGAUUCAAGCUCAAGAAAGAGCCAUUCAUGUUGGAAAGCCAGUGGUGGCCCAGUAUGAGGGAGAUGAGGGUUGGUACCGUGCAGAAGUGAUUGAAAAAGGUCCAAAAAUAGGCCUUCAUUUUGUUGACUAUGGAAACUGGGAGCUUGUCCAUGAAACCUCAGUCAAACGGAUCAAACAAGAGUUCCUCCAGCUUCCUAAGUUUGCAAUCCCAUGCAAAUUAAGAGGAAUCAAACCUGGGACAGUCAAUCAAGACAAAUUGAAGCAGUUUAUGAAUGGUGAAGAGGGUACAACAAAAGUGACUUUCAUCCAAGAGGAUGCUAAAGGGCACUGGGAAGUGGAUAUUCAGGUCAAAGCCCCAGUAAUCCUUCCUACAUCAUUUCAACCUUCAGUGGGGGAAGAGCUUGAUGUUUUCAUUUCCUUCAUCAAUGGAGUAUCGUCAUUCUACAUCCAGCUCAAUUCAAAUUCAGAUGCCAUUGACUCUUUGCAGGAAAAGCUCCAAUCAUCUUAUUCUGAAGGACAGAAUCUUGUCAGUAACCCUGAACCUGGGAUGACAUGUGCGGCACAAUACACAGAAGAUGGAAGGUGGUAUAGAGGCAUAGUGAUGUCUUGCUCUUCAACUUCUGCAGUUGAAGUGUUCUUCAUUGAUUAUGGAAACAAGGAGCUAGUCUGUCUACUGCUGGAAGCUCAUGCAAAGGAGGCACCAUAUGUUAUCCAUUGUGGAUUAUAUGGUAUCCAAUCAAAUCCACAAAUAGAUGCAAAAUUCUCUGAACUGGCGGAUCAAGGUUGCUUUGUGGCCAGAGUGAGAGGAAAACAAGAUGACAAGAUCCAGGUGGUUCUCACUGACUCAGCCAAGGCUCAGUGUGUUAAUGAUCUGCUACAUUCAUCUACACUUGUGAUACCUGGCCCAGUUGCCCCGACCAUUUCUGGACCUCAUGAAGAAUGUUUAGAUGUCUAUAUCAGUCAUGUUGAGUCACCUGGAGCCUUUUGGUUCCAGACAGUCAAACAUGAAGAUACCUUGAAUACAUUGAUGUCAGAUAUUGAAGCUGUGUACACUGGGGAGGAAGGAGAAGGACUCCAUGUCAGCUUAGUGACACUUCAAGAGACUUAUAUUGCUGUGUAUCCUGAAGAUGGAGCUUUCUAUCGUGCUCAGGUGACAUCAGAAGAUCAGAAAGAAGUCAAAGUUCAAUACAUUGAUUAUGGGAAUGUUUCUACAAUCACAAUGGGUGAUAUGCGGGUAUGUAAAGAAGAGUUCUCAACCUCAAAGAUUUCCCCAUAUGCGAAGAAAGCCAAAUUAGCCGGGAACCAAGAAUGGACAGACGAGUCUUCUCAAAUUUUCAGAACCUUCACUGGCGAGGGAGAAAGGAUCUUGAAGAUGAAGGGAGUCGAGAAGGAUGACAUCAUUGAAGUUUCCUCACUCAGUGAUGGAAAGGAGGAUAUUGUGAAGACUUUGGUUGACAAGGGUGUUGAGCAAGUGGUAUCUUUGCAUGUGAAACCCCAAGUACCUAAAGUUGAGGAAGGUGUAGUUACAGACACAGGCAAAGAAGAAGAAGACCACAUGAGGGUGUAUGUGAGCCAUGUUGAUUCACCAACAGCUUUCUGGUUUGUGCUAGUUCAUGAUGAAGAACCUCUUAAUGCACUCAAAUCCAAAAUGGAUAUAUAUUAUAAUGGAGCUGAGGGUCAGGCAUUGUGUGUCACAUCUGUGUCACCUGGUGACUUCUUAGUAUCCCUUUAUCAUGAAGAUGAAUCCUGGUAUCGUGCACAGGUGUUAUCAGUGAAAGACAAUGGAAUCGAAGUCAUCUUUGUUGACUAUGGAAACACCAGUAUUGUAACACUACAGGAGAUUCGUUUAUGUAAGGAGGACUUCUCUGCUGCCACAAUUCCUCCAUUUGCCCACAAGGCUGGUCUUGCUUUGGAUCCAAUGGCCAAGGAAUGGUCCAACGAUGCUACUCGACUCCUUUUGGAAUUUGUUGAAGGUGGUGAGAAAGUAAUGAUACUAAGAGGAGUGGAGGUCAGUGAUACCUACCAAGUGUCUUCCCUUGUGGACAACAAAAUGGAUAUUGUUCAAUCCCUAAUUCAGAAGGGCUUGGCUCGUUUAAAAAUCAUCACUCCUGAAUCAUUUGUUGGGGAACCCAUGUCCAAGGAAGAACUGGAAGUCUUUGUGAGUCAUGUGGAAUCACCCAGUGACUUUUGGUAUCAGGAAGUGACCUCAGCAAACAGAUUGAAUGAAAUCAUGAACACAAUAGAAAGCCGUUACAGUGGAGAAGGGAACGGCAUCCAAAUAAAAUCUCCUGUGCCAGGAUCUCAUUGUAUUGCCAUAUUCCCCAAUGAUGGUGUUUAUUAUCGAGCCAGAAUGUUGUCACAAGCAGCUGAUGGCAUGAAGGUGCAGUAUGUAGACUAUGGUAAUACCAGCAAUGUCCCCUUCAGUGAGCUAUAUAAAUGUGAUGAAGACAUCUCUCCAGAUAAAGUCCUGCCACAUUGCAAGCAUGCUCAGCUUGCUCUUGAUCCUGCGAUUGGGCCACAUUGGACUGAGGAGGCAACUGAGCUUUUGCAGGAGCUUACAAGCCAUGGAGAAACACCUGUGAAGCUGAUUGGAUACUUGAAAGGCAACAAAUUUGUGGUGUCAUCCUUGAAGAAUGGUAGCUUGGAUGUGUAUGAUGUCCUCAUUCAGAAGGGUUUGGCAAAUGCAAAAUCUGAAGAUGUGUCCUGUGUGAUACCAUUGAAGAAACCAAGUGUGGCAGAUGGCUCUGAGAUGGCUGUGUAUCUUCUUCAUUCUGAAUCUCCUGAUCGGAUCUGGUUGCAGACCUCAGAUGCCAUUGAAAAGUUGGAAAGCUUGUCUGAAAAUCUCAAUCAAUACUACAAUGUUGAUGGCAAAGCCAUGAGUAUCAGUUGCCCCAAGGUUGGACAACCAUGUGCUGUGAAGUACAGUGAAGAUGAUUGCUGGUAUCGAGGUGUGGUGGAGAGUCUGUCUGAGGGCUCACGUUGUGUUCGACUUGUGGACUUUGGCAACUUGGAGAUAUUGGCUAGUCCAAAUCAUCCUGUGAUACUUGCUGAUGAGUUCUUUGAGCUACCAGCUCAAGCAAUCGAAGCCAAACUUGAUGGAGUGUCCCCUCCUGAUGGCAGUGGUUGGACUUCAUCAGCAUCAGAAAAGUUGAUGGAAUUUGCUGAAGAGUUCCAAUUAAAUGUUCAUUUUCAAACAGUAGGUGGAAUGCUCUUAGUUCAAGCACCCAUGCUGGUUGAAACCCUCAUCCAGGCAGGCUUAGCACAAAAAUCUAAGCCUACUCAGAGUCCUGCAAGUGAGUUGCUUGAUGAACUGAUAGAUGCUGCAACUGGUGGGAGUGAUCAUGUGAUAGGUUCAAUAGUUGAACUGGUCCUUGAGCGAGUGAUGAGUGAACAGGAACUGCCCAAUAUGAGAACUGAGAGCAUCAAGAGGAUCCUCACACUCAGUGAUCUCCCAUCUCCCCCCAUUUUUAGUAUUGGUGAUACCUUGGAUGUUGUUGUGUCACAUGUCUCCACACCCUGGUGCUUCUGUGUGCAGGAAAGAGGUAACAAGGACCUUGCCAAAGCCCUCUUCCAAAUGGCAUGUGAAGAUGGACUUUUUGAUUCUGAUGAUAUGCCUUGGUUGGAGCAUGAACUGUUGGAGGAGAAGCUGGUUUUAGCUGUUGAUGAACUAUGUGCCAUAAAGGAAAGGAAAUUGAUAGAAUCACAUGAUGGAUAUUUCCGAGCCAUGAUCCUAUCUGUGGUUGAAGAUGAGGCCAAAGUCCUUUUGAUUGAUUCUGGUGCAGUGUUGACUGUUCCAACCCAAGACCUUGCUCCCCUGCGCCCUUCUUGUCAGAAGGCACCUCCAUUGGCAAUACCAUGCUUUCUGUCUGGAGUGCAGUAUUUAAUCGAUGAAUGGGAUCCAAAAGCUGCAAGUGCACUCGCUGAGCUCAGUAAGAAGAAAAGCAUCAUCCAAGUUCUUGUGAAGUUUCCUGGACCUCCAUAUGGCAUCCAGAUAUGUGUGGAUGGCAGUGACUUGGCCCAGUCUCUCAUAAAGGAAUCCCUGGCAAAAAGAUCAGUCUUCUACCCACCAUUCCAGCGUCAUCAUAUGGAAAAUGGAGGACUUCAUUCACAGUUUGCUGAGCGAGCAUUUGGUGAAGCUCAAGGACUCAUAAUGAAGAUCUUCUCCAGCAACUUCGUCAUUCAGUUCACCCGUCAUCAUGAGGUUCUGGAGUACAUAUCAAAGGAACUUCUGGCUGCUCAUGAAGAUCCUGAUACUCCACUCUAUGAGCAAGACUUCUGUAUGGCAUAUUUCCGUGAAUUGGAUGGAUGGUGUCGGGCAAAGAUCCAUAAGAAAGAUGGAGAAACAUACCAUGUACGGGCUCUGGAUCAUGGCUAUGUGGAAGAAAUGCCAAGAAAGACACUCUCUCCCCUCCCAGAUCAUCUAUAUGAUAUUCCAGCUCUUGGCAUCUUGUGCUGUCUCCAGUGCUCUGAAGCAGAUGAAGAUGGACAGCAGGAGACUUUGGAGGUGCUAUCUGAGGAAGACGGCGAAGUGUGGUUCUGCAUUGUAGGCAAUUCCAAGCAUGGAGAACUUGUUGUUCGUGUCCUUCAGAAUGGUGAACGGGAAGACACCAUCCUUGGGUCAGAUAGGCAUGCUGUCUACAAGGCACCAAAUUUGCCAGCAGGAGAGAAGGCUUUUGCCUGGGUUAGUCACCAGCAGAGUCCUACAUGCUUCUGGAUUCAACUUAAGGCAAAAAAUUCAGAACUCAGCCACCUUUUGCAGGAACUGCGAGAAUUUUACAGCCAAAACCUGAAAUGCAGGGUGACCGUGAAGGCACCAGGGCACCCAUGUGUUGCGUUGUAUGGGGAGUCAUCUGGAAUGGAGCCCACCUACUUUCGAGGCUAUGUUCUUCCAUCCAACAAAGAAGGGAUGUACCGUAUCCAUUUUGUGGACUAUGGAAACACAACCCAGAUACCAAAGAAUUCAGUUUACCAACUUCAUCCUAAAUUCCUGGAAGCUCCCAUUUAUGCCAUUCCAUGCCGUCUGCCUUUGAAACUGAACGAUCUUUCCGGUACCUGGAGUAUGGAUGCAUGUGAGGCCUUUGAGGAACUCACAGGAGGAGGUGAAAAGGAACUCCUGGUGGAAUUUCCAAAAGUGGUCUUGGACAUGCGUCAGCGUGUCACGGUUGAGAUGUUGGAUGUUGGCAUUAAGCUUUCAGAAAUGAUGGUCCAGAAAGGAUAUGGAAUAUGUGAGCAUUUUGGGCCAUUGGAACAUAUACUUGGUACACCAGAGUUGAAGGUCGAAUCGGUGAACCGUUCCCUUCGUGAAUCCUGCCAAGAUGAUGUCUUCGUGGAAGCUAAGGAAGAGGUGGAAGAUUCUAAAAUAGGGACAGGUGAAGUGGAGGAAUUUGUUACUGCUCAAGAAACCUUUUCUGAAUUUGACAUCACAUCAGAAGUGAGUCCACUUGCAUUUGAUCUAGAAGAAGAAGAAAAGAGUCGGGAAGAGGGGAAAGCUGUAAAGAAUGGAGCGGUUGAGGAAGGAUCUGAAAUCUCGAAAGAUUCAGGGCUUUCCACCUAUCGAGCAAAUGAUCAAGAAGAUGAAGAUGACGCCAAAGUCGAGCCCAGUCCACAAGCAACUGUCCAGAAUGGAGUGGCUAUUCCUGGUGGAACUCAAGACGACUGAGCCGCUGGAUUCCAAUUUCAGUAAAGAACUUUUCUCUUUGCCUUUUUGGUUUUCCUUUCCUUCCCAGAUCAAUUUGAAAAGAAAGCCUAGAAACUGAGUUGAUUCUGUUCUUCUAUGUGCCUCUUAGUUACUGAAUUACCCUUGGGACUAGCUGGAAAUGCUAUUUUGUGCUGUUCAUUUAUCCAGCCCAGAAAUUCAUGCACCUUUUCAUUUCGGUUUGGAUUUUUCAUCUCAACCGUAGUCCAUUUCUCUUGUGUCCCCUAGACACUCUAGACUAGAGGACAUGUUAGUGCUCCCUCAUUCUGAUACGGCAGAAUCGGUGGGUUGUCGCAAGGAGCAUGAGACUUCCCAUCCCCCUUUUGUCGUAUUUUGUUCAAACCAGAAAUAAAAUCUCUUGUUUUCUGUUGUGCCAA